CGAGGACCAUUGGUCACAAAUAUCUCUCUGGAUAAGCUACUGGGACGAGAAAAAAACACAUCCUCUGAAUUAUUAAAGACUAAGCCCUACUUAUCACACAAUGCACUGCCUGAAAAGUCUGAGGACAGCUAACCCGGGAAUCUUGCAGCUAUUUAAAAAUGCAGGGAUCUCCAGCAGAGGUGGAGCUGACAACAAUGUUUUGUCCUGGACCCAGCAACCAGUUCCUCUCCCCUCCUGGGCUGCAGCAUCACACCACACCCACAGAGCCUUCCACCAGAAGGGCCCUGAUGCUGACCCAGGACACCCCAAAAUUAGGUUCAUGUCCAGUAUGGAGGACCUGCUUUUCUACGCCAUCACUGAAGGAAAGGAGACAAUCCCCCUGCCGCAUUUCAUCUCUGCUUUAAGAAAAACAGGUUUGUUGACCUCUGACCCUCGCCUACGUGACUGUGUCAGUCAGCUGCGGCAAUCCUCACGUGACUCUGUCGGGCCGGUCAUGAUGGACAAGAAGCUCUUCAGAAGGUGUGUGGGAAACAACAUCAUGCUGCUGACCAAGGCUUUCAGAAAGAAAUUCAUCAUACCGAACUUUGAUGAGUUGACCCAGCAGAUUGACAGGAUGUAUGACAGUGCACAACAGCAGGAGGCAGGACAAGUAGCUGAUUACAUUCCUCAGCUGGCUAAGUUCAGUCCCGAUCUCUGGGGCGUAUCUCUGUGCACAAUCGAUGGACAGAGACACUCUGUGGGUGACACCAAGGUUCCCUUUUGUCUACAGUCGUGCGUGAAGCCUCUGGAGUACGCCAUCGCUGUGCACGAGUUCGGCACCGAGCAUGUUCACCGCUUUGUGGGAAAAGAGCCAAGUGGAUUCAAGUUCAACAAACUGUCACUAAAUGACGAAGAUAAACCACACAACCCAAUGGUAAACGCCGGAGCUAUCGUCAUCAGUUCUUUAAUUAAGCCUCAUUCAAAUAAGGCAGAGAGGUUCGACUAUGUGAUGGACUUCUUGAAAAGCUUGGCUGGUACAGAGUAUGUGGGCUUCAGCAAUGCAACUUUCCAGUCGGAGAGGGAGACCGGUGAUAGGAAUUAUGCAAUUGGUUACUACCUCAAGGAGAAAAGAUGCUUUCCUGAAAAUGCAGAUAUGAUGGCUGCACUUGACUUCUACUUUCAGUUGUGCUCUAUUGAGGUGAACUGUGACUCAGGAAGUGUUAUGGCGGCCACACUGGCCAACGGGGGUAUUUGUCCAAUCACAGGCGAGCGUGUGCUGAGCGCUGAAGCCGUUCGCAACACCCUGAGCCUCAUGCAUUCCUGUGGCAUGUACGACUUUUCCGGACAGUUUGCCUUCCAUGUGGGCUUGCCUGCUAAAUCUGGGGUUUCAGGUGCUGUUCUGCUGGUUGUCCCCAACGUCAUGGGUAUGAUGUGUUGGUCCCCACCUUUGGAUCGGCUCGGGAACAGUGUUCGUGGCAUCCACUUCUGUCAGGAGCUGUUGUCUCAUUUCAACUUCCACAAUUACGACAACCUGAGACACUUCACCAAGAAACACGACCCCCGGAGAAGAUCAGAUGAAGAUCCAAACAAGUCAGUGGUAAACCUCAUGUUCGCAGCCUACAGUGGAGACCUCACGGCUCUCAGGAGGUUUGCCCUUUCAGCUGUGAACAUGGAGCAGAGAGACUACGACUCUCGCACAGCGCUCCACAUUGCUGCUGCAGAAGGUCAUGUGGAAGCAGUUGUCUUCCUAAUUGAAGUAUGUAAAGUGAAUCCCCACAUGAAAGACAGAUGGGGAAACACGCCUAUAGAUGACGCCAUGCAGUUUAGCCAUGACGUCGUUGUUUCAGUCCUGCAAGAGUACCAGCGCGGGUACAGCGACGGCAACGCACCCUGUGACACAGAGGAGCAGAAGAUCACACCGGAUACGUUGAAGGGCAUCGUCUAGUGAAGCCAAACAGAAUUGCACACCGAUAUUAAGGGGGGGGAGGCUUCAAUUUAUAAAGGAGCCGCUGCUCUAAUCCACAAUGGAUCUCAAGGGUUUAGUUAUGGAAAUUAAUGAAUUGUAUUAUGAGAGGACUGAAAGGAUAUCAUUGAGAGAUGUGAUGAAUGAAGGAGUUUAUCCUAUAUAUGAUAACAGAAUAAAGUCUGUAAUGUAUUUCUGCAGACUGGAGCAAUUGUUCAACAGUGUAAGGAAUGAACAAAGCACUACAUACAGUAUUCAGGCUUUUUGGGAAAAUUCACUCAUUCAAGCCAUGAUUUGGCUUGUGCUGCAAUAUUAAUGAACCGUUUUUGUGCUCUGCUUCUAAUGGAAAAUGCCACUGUGAUGUAAAUAUCUAAUAUAUUAUGCCUAUUUAUUGUUCAAAUAUUGAAAUUUAUUUUUGCUUUUUUAGCAUGUCAUUAAUCAGGGGGUUUUAUGCUCCAUGUGGUGAACUGUAUAAAUACUAACUAACUAAAUCUGCUUCAUUAAUUAUUCUAACUCAACAGGUUAUUAAGUUGCAUUUAUGCCUGAAACGCUGGAAAGACUGUUUUAUUUAUUGUUUAUGCCAGUUUAUCAAGGAUCAUAGUCAGUUUUUUCACUGCUGAUGCCUUGAGCUGUGCACAUUUGCGUUAUUCUAACAGAACGUUUAUAAUUAAAUGCAAAUGACUUUCAAACUAGACAUGUGAUUGAAAGUAUAAAUAGAGGUGAUUAUAUGCUAAUGAAAAUGAUAUUCCGUUUAGAGCAAUAGAUCCCCUUUAAUACUACACACUGGCCCUUAAAGCUUCAGUGCGUCGCUGUAAAUAUGUAUCAUCCUGCUGUAAAUAAAAGAAAUGUAAAAGCA